AUGAGUGCUGCAGUGUUGGAUGCGGUGAACCAUCUUCUUGGUCUUGUACCCGUGCCGGAAACGCUUGAGAAAUUCAUGGUCAUUGAGGAUCCCCGAGGCGGUGGCCACCACCAGAAUGCCGCCGAGGGAGGUGGCAACAGAGGAGGAGUCGGAGGCGGAGGAAUUGGUUCAAUUCCGGUGGACAUUCUUGAUUCCCCAAAGGAGUACAUUUUCUACAUGGAUGUUCCUGGGCUCUCCAAAUCUGACAUUCAGGUGACAGUGGAGGAGGAAAACACUCUGGUAAUUAAGAGCAAUGGGAAGAGGAAGCGGGAAGAAGUGGAGGAAGAAGGCUGCAAGUACUUAAGGCUGGAAAGAAGGCCACCCCGGAAUCUGCUGAGGAAGUUCCGAUUGCCGGAAAACUGCAACGUUUCGGCUAUUACAGCUAAAUGUGAGAAUGGGGUGUUGACUGUUGUGGUGGAGAAGCAUCCUCCACCACCUAAGUCCAAGACUGUUGAAGUCAAGAUUUCUUAA